CCCACAAAUAUGUAACACUGUGAUGUGUUAGAGAAGCAAACAUAGUGUAAUAAUGCCCAGGCCCUCGCGAGAAUCCUACGGCGAACAGAAGCCCCCCUAUUCGUACAUUUCGCUGACGGCCAUGGCCAUCUGGAGUUCGCCGGAGAAAAUGCUGCCGCUCAGCGAUAUCUACAAGUUUAUUACGGACCGAUUUCCGUACUACCGCAAGAACACCCAGCGCUGGCAGAAUUCGCUAAGGCACAACCUCAGCUUCAACGACUGCUUCAUAAAGGUGCCCCGUCGGCCGGACAGACCCGGAAAAGGAGCCUACUGGGCCCUCCAUCCGCAGGCCUUCGAUAUGUUCGAGAACGGCAGUCUUCUGCGGCGGCGGAAGCGCUUCAAGCUGCACAAGAACGACAAGGAUCUGCUGAACGAGGAGUUGACUGCCCUGGCGAACCUCAAUAGGUUCUUCUUUACCACUCGGAAUGGAGGCAGUGCGUCGCAUAUGUCACCGCUGGACAUGAACAGUGCUUCGAUGAGGCUGGAUCCUCUGCCCAGGACCACGAACCAUAUACCGAAUUCCCUGGGUCAGGGUGUGGGUCUGCCGCAUGUAAUGCCUCCCGGCUCCAUGUCCAGUGCGGAUCACACGAAUCUCUCGGACAUGGGUCUGUCCAAUCUGCCUGCGCUAACCAGUUCCGAUAUCGAGGGACCCCUGAGUCUGCGACCCAAGCGAUCUUUUACGAUAGAGAGUUUGAUUACGCCCGACAAGCCGGAGCAUCCGUCGGAGGACGAGGACGACGAGGAUGACCGGGUAGACAUCGAUGUGGUGGAGUGUAGUGGCAUCAGCCGGUAUCCGACCACGCCCGCCUCCGAGGAGUACUUGUCCGCCAGCCGAUCCAGCCGGACCGAGGAUCCCCUGCCGCCGAUGCACACGAUAAACGCCGGAGCCCAUGUGCCCUUCCUGCACUACGCCACCGGCGCCAAUGUGGCCGGUCUGCAGGCCUCGGGGAUCCCCAGCAGCCCCACCACCUACGAACUGGCCAUCUCGCAUCCGCUGUUCAUGAUGGCGGCGCCCAUUGCCAAUAUGCACAACAUAUACUACAAUAAUGUCACACUCGUCGCCCCGGCGCAGCAAUAUCGGGCACCAGAGGUCCAGAAUAGAAUAGACAACGAUAUGCGUACGAUAUAGACAAGGCGAAUCGAAUAGAAACAGAUCAGAACAGAACACACCUAUGUAUAGCAUUAUUUAUGAACGAUAUAUGUAUGUUGUAUAUCCAUCCAAACGUAGUUCCUUUUGUAUUAAGGUUAAUUGUAAUAGGACCAAAACAUAUGGUAUACAUUCUUAGGCGUAGAUGGCAUGU